UAUGAGAAUGUAUGUGAAGAAGUUUUUAAAGACAUGGUAUUUCUAUUUGUGCACAAAAGAAUUUUUCAUCCUUGCAGCAAAUAGAACAGGACACGGCUAUUGUUUCGAUGAAUCGGCAGGGAAGCUGAGAUGUUGCUAUGAUUACAGAAAUGUUUCAGGAAGAUGUGAACCAUGUCUAGGUUCAUUUGGAGAGGCCUGUGAAAAUAACUGCCCGGAUGGAUACUAUGGACAUGGAUGUAGAAAUAAGUGUGACUGUUUGCCUGAGUUAUGUCAUGAAAUCCAUGGUUGUUUAGACUGUAUAGGAUCGUUUGGAGAAAACUGCAGUCAGCCCUGUUAUUUUGGAUUAUUUGGCUAUAAAUGUAGAGAAAAGUGUAACUGUAGCAGUGAUACGCAUAGAUGUGACAGGGUUUCCGGUUGCAAGAUUAAAGUUAGCGGUAUGCAUAUCACAUUUUUGAAAGUAAGAUAAAUGAAGCAUGAUUUGAUAUCAAUAAAAUUGUAGAGUGGGAGUGAUCUACGACAUUCAAAAAUCUAGUAGAUUUUACGAUAUUUAUUUGAUUUAUGAUGAAUUGUUUUAUAGAAUUAAUGGAAUUGUCGUUGCAUAUAAGACAACAUUAAGCAUGCAUAUCUGAAUCCUACAACAGUAGAAAGAAAAUUAUUUAGAACAUAUCUGAAAUGUUUGCAACGAAAGGGGAAUCGUAAAAUAAAGUAUACAUAUCUGAUACGUUAUGUUUUUCAAAACACUCAGUAGAUGUGAAUAAUCGGACUCAGGAAAACAAAAGAAAACAUUCAUCUUUUCGAGAUCGUGGGAUCAAUCAAUGGAACUUCAGUAUUUCGGUUUUUAAUGUACUUAGUGUUUAGCUGGUAAAUAUAACUUAUUUAUUUACAAUUAAUUUAAAGAAGUGAAUUUAUUUUGGUGUAAGAAAGUAUCAAAGUGGUAAAGUUAUAAAUUUCCAGUGAAAGAACGUAUCAAAGAGGUAAACUUAUAAAUUUUCAGUGGCGGAAAGAAUAUACUUUAAUGCAUAGCCUAAAAGGAAAUAACCAGAUAUGACAAGGACAUUCAAUGAAAAAAAGAUGUCCUUGUUAAGAAAUAUGAAGAUGGGGGUCUAAAGAUGAUUAUUCUAAAAUCUGUCAUAGCAUCAACGAAAUAAUUUUGUUUGCGACAACUUAUUUCUAAAAACAGGGGACUGAAUAACUUAAUACCUGGCUUUGAACUAACAGCAUUCAUUUCUUGUGGGAUUGAAAAUGUCAAAUUACUCUUGAAAAACAACUGUUGGAUAGAUGUAUUCAAAUCCUGGAUUGAACUACAAAAUGCUUGUACAGAAUCAAAUACUACUACAGACACAUCUUUAUUUUAUAAUCAUAUGAUUCAUAUUGGAGGGGAAAGGUUUUUUUAAUAAACAACUCUUUGACAGUAACAUUAGACACAUACAUGAUAUUAUUGAACAAGAUUGUAUUUUUUAGCAAUAAAACUUUUUGUGAUACUUAUCCGAAUGUGAAAAUCAAUUUCUUAGAGUAUGCAAGCAUCAUUCAUGCAAUAAAGACAUGGAUUAAAAAGUCUUCAAAAGAUGUAAGUUUUAAAAAGUUGGCAAAUCCAUUCAUUAUGUCAAACUUAUACAAUGUACUGAAAUGUAGAAAGUCCAAAUGCGUUUAUGAACUUCUGAACAAAAAUUCCUCUGUGACAACAGGCAAAACAAGAUGGAGUAAACUCUUUGAAAUAGAUAAUACUGAGUGGAAAAUAAUCCACAAAAUACCUUUAAUAAUAAUAAAAAAUAGUAAACUUCAAUGGUUCCGAUAUAGAAUACUUAAUAAAAUUUUAGCAACAAACUCAUUUUUAUUUAAAAUAAAAAACGUGAACUCAAACAUGUGUUCCUUUUGUCCGUUUUUUAUGCCUUUAAAACCAUUUUUAAGAUCGAGCACAUGCAACAACCACAAAGAUGUUUUGUGUACAAAUCAAUCAUGUUGAAAGUCAGUAAUAGUUCAAUUUUAAACCGUUAGUUAGCUAAUAGAUAGUUAAAAUCCGGUUGCACGAAAA